AUGACAAAGGGAUUUGAGAUUAAUCAAGAGAAUAAUGAAGGAAAUGGCGGCAAGAGUAGUAAUGAUAGUGAGGGUGAGGAAAAUUCAUUUGACAUAACUGAAGGAGCGGCUAUGAGUGAUGAUGAGGAAUUGGAAGAAGAGAAUAAUAAUGAAGCAAAGGAGGAGGAGGAGAAUAACAAUGAAGAAGGGAAGUUAACAAACCCAAGUAGCAGCAGCACAGCAUCAAGAGAAGGGAAGAGAGGGAGUGGUGUGAGACAAUAUGUGAGAUCAAAGAUGCCAAGGCUUUGUUGGACUCCUAAUCAUGAUUUUUUUCCCAUGCAAUAUUUGUGCUUAGAAUCAUUUGAAUCUGCUAACGCAGUUUCAGUGGGUGCAUCAAAAGGUGUUCAAAGGCUGGGAAAUCAACUGCUAAUGGUGUUACAAAACACAAAAAUAAAGCUGCAUCUUUGGUAUGUUUGA